UAUACUAGUAUAUAUAUCUGGGUCCCAUUUUAUUACACUAUUAUAAACCGUAUCAAAACCUCUUCAUAAACCCGAAAUCCAAAUUCAAAUUCAAAUCACUCUUUCAUAACUCAAAUGGCUCAAAAUUCCGAGUUCUACCUCCCGCCUCAGUUUCUCACCGACGACGAAAAACGGUUCGUGAAUCACCUCUUCACUAACUCCAAAAACGACGACGUUUUCAACGGUUUUUCAACUACUCUGUUUCCUUACUUCAUUUCACCCAGCGAAACAGAAACAAAAAGUGACGAGAAUGAAUAUAUCAACGAGUUAACUCGUCGUAUGGCUCACUCUACUCUCCAACACCAAGUCGCCCUCAACAACAAGGGUUCUUCACCACAAUCAACACUUAACGCGUUUGACAAUGGAAGUUUCGGGAACGGUACAAACAGAAACGGUGCCGUUUUGAACUUGAACUCACAGAGAGCAACGAAUGAUCUGCUGCAUGCGGAUGCAGAGAAAGUCGAAUGGAUUCAUCGACUUAACAACGAAGAAGCUUUUUACGGUUUUGCCCCUAAAAAGCCCUCUGUAUUUCACACUCAGAAUCAUCUGUCGAUUUCUCAGAAACAGUUACAGUUGCAGCUUCAAAAAGCACAGAUUGAGAUGUUGAAGAAGCAGUGGUUGAAGCAGCGAGAGGAACUCCUUGCUCGUGGUUGUGGCGUUUUUUCGCAGAGGCAAAGUUGUAAUUACCAAAAUAUCCUUGAUAGAGGUACGGACAACGAAACGGUUUUUCCGGGAAAAGUUGGUUUGUCGCCAUCUGCAUGGCCUUCUGUGCAAAAGAUUGGAAAUAACAACAAGGCCGUUUUUCCUGGAAACCCUAAUUUGAAAAAGGAAAGAACCGGAACCGGUGUUUUUUUGCCUCGGUUUGUUGAUACAGAGUCAUCACGAAAAAAACCAGCAAGUAGAAAUGUGGUUGUUCCUGAAAGAGUGGUUCAUGCAUUGAAUCGGAAGGUUGAUGAAGGUGUGAUUAGAGGUUACAUGCAGGAGAAGAAUCGGUUCAAUGGAGCUUUAAAUUUUGAAAAUGGUUUUGGUGUUGCAAGGAAUGGGAGUGAUGGUUUUUUUGAGCAAAAGCGGAACGUGAUGGCACAGCAGACAGAGGUGAACAGUGAGAUUCAGCUACCUCAAGAAUGGACUUAUUGAUAGAAUAGAGGUGGGACCCAUGUUUUAAAAACUGAACCGAACCGACCCCGGUUCAGUUUGGUUUUUAAAACACUAGUAAAAAAAGGGUAAAAUAAUGUUCAGGAAAAUAGUACUACUAGUUAUUAUUAAUACAGGGUUAGAACCUAGAAGAAGAAUUAGGGAAGGGUCUAGUAUGGCUUUUUGGGGGUAUUUUGGGAAAAAGAUUGUGAAACGGUGGAUGGGUGAUGUUUUUAUAGUCACUAUCUUUGGGAGGUGAAUUAGAUUUAGGAGAAAUAAAUGUAAGAUCAAAAUUGGGAAGGUGAAGAAGCACUAGGUGGGAGAUGAUUUGGUGAAGAUGUAAUUACAGAUGUAAUCAUUUCUGGGGAAUUACAUUUGUGUAAAGAUCAUAAUGUUGCAACCUGUCCACCCAAAUUACAAUAAAUGAAUACAUUGUAUUUCAAUCA